UUCCGUGAGGCUUUACCAUUCGGGGGCCAAGGAAUGGCCGCAAAGAGGGACCAAAGGCACCUUAUCCUCGUCUGUCAACCACAGAUGCAGCCCUGCUCCCAGAGCCGCAAAUUCGUCCAGCGCCUUCAUCGCCAUCCUUUCCAUGCGCGGUCAAUCCUCUUCGCCAGGGAUCUCUCACUCCUCCCGUUGUACCUAGUUUUAUAGUUUGCCAACCGCCAACAUUCUGCAUUGCAGUUCUAGAGUGCAGCCCGGCUUUCUCCACCGGACCUCUCUUAGGGCCGAUCUCUCUUCUCUUGCUCGUCUGUUCUUCCUCACGUUGUCGCUCCUCGCGAGACCUCACUGUGCUGGUUGCAAUGGCCGCCGUCGGAAUGACCAUGUCGCUCAAGAGCAGCACUGCCUUGAAGGGUGACUUCCUGGGUGCUGCUUUGAAGCAGACCGUAGCUGCCCCCAAGGCCGCCAAUGUGGCGUUCGCUGUCCGUGCCGCCGGUUACGAUGAGGAGCUCGUCAAGACCGCGAACUCCAUUGCGUCCAAGGGCAAGGGUAUCUUGGCUAUGGAUGAGUCCAACGCUACCUGCGGUAAGCGUCUGGAGUCAAUUGGCUUGGAGAACACCGAAGCCAACCGUCAGGCAUACAGGCAAUUGCUGGUGACCACCCCUGGACUCGGUGACUACAUUUCUGGAGCUAUUCUCUUUGAGGAGACUUUGUACCAGUCGACCACCGAUGGCAGGACCAUGGUGGACUGCCUGAAUGCCAAUGGCAUUAUCCCUGGUAUCAAGGUCGACAAAGGUCUCGUGCCUUUGACCGGAUCCAACAACGAGUCCUGGUGCCAAGGUUUGGAUGGAUUGGCCUCGAGGACUGCUGCCUACUACAAGCAGGGCGCCCGAUUCGCCAAGUGGAGGACUGUUGUGAGCAUCCCCAACGGACCCUCGGAGUUGGCCGUCACUGAAGCUGCCUGGGGCCUUGCUCGGUACGCCUCCAUCUGCCAGGACAAUGGCUUGGCACCCAUCGUGGAGCCCGAGAUCCUUUUGGACGGAGACCACGGCAUCGACAGGACCCUGGAGGUUGCCUCCAAGGUGUGGUCCAAGGUGUUCUACUUCUUGGCUGAGAACAACGUGCUCUUUGAGGGUAUCCUUCUGAAGCCCAGCAUGGUCACCCCUGGUGCUGAGUGCAAGGAAAGGGCCACCCCCGAGCAGGUUGCCCAGUACACCUUGAACAUGUUGAAGAGGCGUGUGCCCCCUGCCGUUCCUGGAAUCAUGUUCUUGUCUGGUGGACAAUCUGAGGUCGAAGCAACUUUGAACUUGAAUGCCAUGAACCAGAGCCCCAACCCAUGGCACGUGUCUUUCUCAUACGCCCGUGCCCUUCAGAACUCUGUCUUGAAGACAUGGAAGGGACAGCCAGAGAAUGUGGAGGCUGCCCAGAGGGCACUCCUUGUGCGUGCUAAGGCUAACUCUUUGGCUCAGUUGGGUAAGUACUCCGCUGAGGGCGAGGCUGAGGAAGCCAAGCAGGGAAUGUUUGUCAAGGGCUACACCUACUAAGCAGAUUCGGACAAACCCACCUUGAUUUUGUAGUAUGUAGAAAUGAGGCAUGUGUACCUGCCUGUAGAUCAUUAUUAGUUGUCUCAUGUUGCAAGAACCUGAUAAGUCAUCUACUCGAUUAGUGUUUUUCCUGUACGAUCCGUCGACUAUUUAAUCUAAACUUACGAGUGGAGAAUUUUAACAAAAUCUUGCAACUGAGUUUUUCCCCGA